AUGUCAACAUCCGAUGCUAUUGAGUUGAGAUUAUCUGUCGAGCGGGAUUCUCGACCGGACACGAACGCCACCAUGCGAGAUCUUAGAUCCUUUGAGGCCAAGUGGGGUGCGAGAUCGGGGUUGCCGAUUAAUUCAACCCUUGCUCGUUAUCAAGUUACUUUCGCGGUGAUUGUAGUUUCGAGUGCACUGUUUUAUGCAUUGUCGAAACUGAACGACGGAUUUACCGUGGCAAGCGGAUGUUUGCAGUUGGUGUUGGUCCAUGGGCCUACUGCUGUGUUUUUUCUUGUGGCAUGCUUCUGGGGUGAUGUUGAAUCUGAAAUAAGAUGCUCUGCUCGCGGACUCGAUGGUGCCUCCAUAUCUGGCUCCCGUCACCGUCCCAUUGCAUUGGCAAUGGGCUGUUCUGUACUUGUCAAGCUAUUCGUCAUUAUCUCAACUGGAACAGUGACAGUAGAACCAAUGACAGAAGAUCGUCUGAUGGUAAAAGGCGCUCCGAUACUAAUCAUGUGGCUCAUAAUAGGGCUGUUGGUAUGGAUGAUAGGGUGGCUGCGAUCUAGCAGCUCUGAGGAACACUCGACUUUGGGCGCAAUGCUGGAUCAGUCCUACCUAGACCUCGAAUUGUCUGAUGAAUAUCACUCGAAUAAUGCCUCGGUUGAAAAGUCAAAUUUUCACGAAAAGUCUGAUGGCUCUCAGUUGCCGAUAACGAAUUUCACCAAAGGAAAGCAUUACUGGGAAGCUUCUAAGCCACGUCUUUGGCCUCAACUAAUGUUGUUUGCCAUCCCUGUGGUGUUGAUUAUAUUGCUGGAACAUUUCUAUCAAUGCUCUCGACAUCACAACGGCUUUAAAGACAUCGAUACCAGAAAUAGCUUUGCAGCGAUCAUCUGGCGUUUCACCCCGCCCUUUCUCGUCUUGGGAAUUUCCACCUUUUACGAUCUUUGGUCUUUCCGAGUUAAAGCCAUUCAACAACAUAGCCAGUUAGAGUUGACAUCAGAAACAUUAACUGUGCAUCCAAAGGAUUCCUGGGCUUCACUCCCACAUAGCGGCUAUAUCUCAAAUGCUGCAAAUACUAUAUCUACCAUCACAGUGAACUUGCUCUUGGUUGUGGCGAGUGGACUGUUCGUCAUCCAGAAUACUGACAGCGGCACACCGGUAUCUGUCAUUCAAAACGAUACAUUUGAUUUCUCCGGGGCGCACCUCUCAGAUACCAACCUGGAUGCUGGGGUCGUGAGCCUGAACUCAUCAAAUGUACAAUGGACAAAUGGGGAUAUGACCCUCCCGUCAUUUACUCUACCCAGAGACAUCAGCACUGAAGAGAACUCCCUUGUCACCGUGACCUUACCUGCAUCCCGCGCAAAAUCCAACUGCAAACCGCUAAGUCCCGAAAACGUCGAAUUCUCGCAUUUGCCCAACAAUGACGGCGCUUAUCUCAAUAUCACGGCUCCGCCGGGCUGCGCCUCAAAUCCGUACUCAAUAGAAGUCCCAUACGGCCAUUUUGGAUCUUCGCAAGUGCUUGAAGAUAAUCUGAGCAACACAACGCAGCCAGAAUGUGGGAGAUGGCUUGUUUCGACAGGGUACAUGGACGCUGAAGAUACAUCCAAAUCAACAGCGACUGUCCUUCUUUGCAACCCUUCUGCCGAGAAUGUUCAAGCAGAGGUCACGUUCCAUGCUCCAUCGCUUCAAAUUAACCGUUUCAACCCGCCCAUUGUCCACGAGGAUACAUCCACCCAUACGACAUUCUUUCUGGACCAUUCAGAGACCAAUUCCGAAGGAUACAUCCAAGACGCGAUAAAUGGAAUGAAGUCUGGACGCCGUGUCAGUCCGGACUAUUAUGCCGAUGAGUUAUUUCAGGCGAUGGUCUCUGAAACCCCGCCGGUGGAAUACGUCGGUGAAGAGAAUAUGCAUAGAUUGCUGACGAAAGUACAAGAGGGUUUCGGCAUUCGUCAGACGCAAUAUAUGAAUUACCAUUCCAGAAUCAGUUUGCCUGAGGGAAAGCGCCCGGAGUUAAACGCUACCAUGUGGAAUCCGUCAAGAUUGCGGAUCGUGCAAGACGCUGGCUCGACGUAUGUCUUACAGGGCCUUCUUAACAAGGCUCCCACCGCCCCAACCAAGCAAGCACCGAGCGAGAUCCCCAAACCCGCGCCAACAGCCGUGGUGUUCGAUUUAGGACAUUCCUUUCCUCCGGAGGCACACGAUGUAGGUUCUGAUGUGGCAGUCACUGUCGCUGUUGCCGUCAUCGUCGUCGUCGUCGUCGUGGUGGCCGUCGGUUUCGCUGUUACUGUCUCGAUUCCCGUCGCGGACGAUGUCGAAGACGAAUCUGCGCUAAUCACCAAAGACCCCAUAUUCAUUCGAAACGCGUCGUUGCAGCAAUCUGUCCCGUUUUUGCUGCAACACCAAUGCCCGUCUCCCCUUUCCGGACAGGGGAGAACGUAUGUUCCUGAAUUCUGGGCGAAGGCUGACGAUUGA